AUGAAUGAUAUUAAAGGAAAGGGUGGUGGUGAUAACGAUGAUGAUGAUGAUGAUGAUGAUGAUGACGAUGACGAUGAUGAUGAUGAUGAUGAUGAUGAUGUAGGAGGAGCGGGUAGGGAAGGCGGUGGUAGUAGUGGCGGUGACGGUGGUAAGAAUGGCUUCAACGACACCAAUCCAUCAUCAGACAUUAAUUCUCUUACCGUUGGCGAAACGAAUUGGAUCGGGUCGAAUCGAAUCGAUUGA